AUGGCGAACAAGAGGUUGAACAUUGUGUUCUUCCACCCCGAUCUCGGCAUCGGUGGCGCAGAGCGUCUUGUCAUCGAUGCCGCCGUCGGACUGCAGAAGCUAGGCCACACAGUGACCAUAUUUACCUCCCACUGCGAUCCCAAGCACUGCUUUGACGAAGCUCGCGACGGAACCCUCGACGUCCGCGUCCGUGGCAACACCCUCGUCCCGCCCUCCCUCCUUGGCCGCUUCGCGAUCCUGUGCGCCAUUCUCCGUCAGCUGCAUCUGAUACUGCAGAUCUCGGUCUUCUCGUCCGAACUCAGCAGGCUGCAGUCGACGGUCUUCUUCGUUGACCAGCUGAGCGCCGGAGUGCCCUUGCUGCGCCUGCUGCAGCCUAACGCGAGGGUCCUCUUCUACUGCCACUUUCCUGAUAAGCUUCUAGCCAAGAAAGGCGGAUGGGUCAAGAGCUUCUACCGCGCGCCAUUUGACUGGCUUGAGAGUUGGAGCACGGGAUGCAGUGACUCGAUUGUCGUCAAUAGCAAGUUUACGAGAAGCGUGUUUGGGGAUGCCUUUCCCGGCCUAUGGGGCAGACAGCCGGCGGUUAUCUAUCCAUGCGUGGAUGUGAAGUCCGACGAUGACGCUGAGAAGCUGGACAAGGGGUUGUGGAGUGGGACGAAGGUGCUGCUUAGCAUAAAUCGGUUUGAGCGCAAGAAGGAUGUUGGAUUAGCGAUACGCGCGUUUGCGGGACUGAGUGAAGGGGAGAGGGAGGGCACGAGGCUUGUUAUUGCUGGCGGCUACGACCAGCGCGUCCACGAAAACAGCUCCUACCACACCGAACUCUGCACCCUCGCCGAAUCUCUAGGUCUCAAGGUCGCCACCGCCAGGACCGUCGUCAGCGCUCUCGCGAUUUCUCCAGACGUCCAGGUGCUCUUCCUGCUCUCUGUGCCGAACACGUUCAAGUCCACGCUUCUGCGCUCCUCACGACUGCUCAUCUAUACCCCGCGCAACGAGCACUUCGGCAUCGUGCCGCUCGAGGCGAUGCUCGCUGGCAUACCGGUGCUUGCGGCUAAUGAGGGCGGCCCAACUGAGACGGUGGUGGAUGGGGAGACGGGCUGGCUGAGGGAUGUGGGGAAGUUGGAAGAGUGGACAGAGGUCAUGAGACAAGUUUUGGUUGAGGGGGACGCGGAGGGAAGCUUAAAGCGGAUGGGACAUAAGGGGCGGGAGCGAGUCAAAGCUGAGUUCUCCAAAGAGAAGAUGGCGGAGCGCUUGCAGCAAGAGAUAUCUGACAUGAUGAGCAGGCCACGGAAGCCCCGUAUUGGCGUUACUGCGGUGGUCAUCGUGGCAGGGCUUGUUGGGGCUUUGGUAGGCUUGAUAGCUUGGAUAGUUGUCUACGCGCUCUGA